GCAAUUUUAGACCUCCGUAUUUGAGGGCUGCCCUCUACGACUGUAGUGCAACGUUCAUACUUUCUAAUGCUAAGGAUACCUUUAGUCUUGGUAUGAUAUAAUAUUUUUGUGUGUACUUUCGUCUUUCUGGAAAAGAAAAUAGCAUAGGAAUUUUUGGAAUUGUACAGAAUUGAGUGCGAUAAUAUGGAUAUGGAAAACUGCGAAGAUAAUAUCGUAGAGGAGCCAUACUUAAACGAAGAUGAUAGAAAUUAUACCUGGAAAACCUUUCGUGAACAGGUAGAAAGCCAUUUUCAAAGGAUUGAAAGUCUGCACCAGAUACUUGGAACUGAUGGAGACAAUUCAUCCUUGUUCGAAUUGUUCACGACAGCUAUGAACGCCCAGCUUCACGAAAUGGAACAAUGUAAAAAAAAUCUAGAAAGUGAUUGUCGUCAAAAAAUAGAUACAAUCCGCUUUUUGGCAUCUUCCCUCAAGUUGGAUGACCCAGAAGCGAAUCUUCACAUAAACACUCCUUUAAUUCAAUGUCUAGACGAGCUAACUCAUAUCGAAAGCCAGUAUUUGACCCAAUACGAUAAGAAACUGGCUAAUAUCAAAGUUCUAUAUCAACAGCUAGACCAAACGUGUAAACAAUUGGGAACGACUUUCGUUAUCCCCGAUUUUGAGAAUUCUUUUUUGUCUGAUGUCUCAGAUGCGCUUUUGGAUUCUUUAAGACUGCGUAAUGAAGAAGCACAAAAGGAAUUAGGAUCUCGGCUUGAACUCGUAAACAAUUUGGAGUCUGAAAUUAUACAGCUAUGGAUGGAAACCGGAAUAGAAGUAGCAGAUGAGCCCUCGUUUCAAGAAUUAAAAAACACACACAUUAAUCGGCCUCCCCAGUUUUGCGUUCCUCAGAUACUAAUUACUAAAUUAUACGAGCAAAAGGAUAUGUUACUAAACACCAAAGAAAAUUAUGUAAUGCAGAUAAAUUCUUAUCGUAAUGAAGUUCAUGAUCUGUGGCAGAAGCUCAAUAUAAAUGCCGCUGACUUCGCUCACCUAGACCAAUCUUCUGGGGUUUAUCGAGACGACCUGAUAAAAUGGGAGAGAGAACUACAUCAAUUACGGGAACUAAAAAAGCAGCAUAUACCUUUGUUUAUAGAAGACGCUCGAGGAAAAAUAAGAAAAGCAUGGGAUGUUUUGUUUUAUCCUGAUGAGCAACGUCGUUCGUUUUCCCCUGCUUUUGAAGACAAUUUGACUGAAGAAUCACUUGCCGCUCAUGAACAAUAUCUGCAGUCGCUUGAAAAUGAAGCAAGAGAAAACAAGCAUUUUCUGAAUCUUAUAGCUAAAUAUUCUUCUUUAUUGGAAGGUAAACGUGAAUUAGAUGCAAGUGCUAAUGAUUCCUCUCGUCUCAUGCAGAGAGGCCGUAGAGAACCCGGUUUGUUGUUACGCGAAGAAAAAAUUCGAAAGCGUUUGUCGAGGGAUUUGCCUAAAGUGCAAGCAUUACUUAUACCAGAACUUACUUCUUGGGAAGAAAAAAAACAGAGGCUAUUUAUGUUUGAAGGUGAGCAUCUUUUAGAAAAGCUCAAGGAGCCAUCUCAAACUAAAACGACUGCUCGAGCGAAUGGUACUUAUAAUCCCAAAGCUCCUACAACCCCUAGUCAAACUGCAAACAAGUCACCUCAAAAGGGAAGGAUUGCUACUUUAUCUACUCCUACUUCCAGGAACAACCAUCGUCCAGUUGCUAGUCCCAAAACACCGCUAUCUAGGCAGAAACCAAAUGAAUUUGGCACGGCUCGAUCUGUGAGUGCUGAUGAACCGCAAACCAGUGCAUUCAGCAAGCGAAGAUUACCCACUACCGGGCGGUUAGACUUGAACAAUAAGUUUUCCGGAGCCCGGUCACAGAGUGCUAAGCAUGAAAAUAGUAAAACAACACCAUCACCCGAUUUUGGAAAUACCCCUCUUUUUGGAAGAAGCAAUACAAAAAAUACACCAACACCCCAAACGACUACUCAUGAUCGCCAUCCACAAUUUUCGUUGCAAGCUCGCUCUCAAGUUACUCCUCAGUCUUUACCAACAGUAGUGCCAAAACCUUCAUCUAACAGCCCGUCGAAGCCAACAAUUAAAAAUGAUCACAUGGUUAAAGAUGUUUCAGAAAAGUUUAGAAAGACACGACUCGAAGAAAAUGAUAUUGAUGAGACCCUAGAAGAAGACGCAGAAAACGUUCCUUUUUCUCCGAUGAAAAUAUCUCCUAUAAAAUCGGUGCAAACAACUCCACAAACUACAAAUAAGUUAGGGCCUGUCAUGCCAAUGGAAAAUCUCGCCAACUGUACACCCAUGGAAGAUGAAUGGGGCGAAGAAGGGUAUUAGAGAUUUUUAUUAUUGACAUUGUAUUAUAUGCAUUCUUUUUGACGAAAUUCAUUAAAUCUAAAUUAUUUAACAUUGAUAAUCUAUAAAGCAAGUAGGUACCGAGAUCUUACUACAUAAGUACAGACAACGAAAGAAAGAGUGUAUAUGGUACACAAACGUAAAUGACAGCUUAUCCUUUAACGGUACAAAUUCACUUAAAUUAUAGCUGGAAAGGAUAGCAACGAAAAGAAAUGAAGAGUAACAGUACACCAGCCGGUGUAAUUAACGCAACUAGCAGUUACAAUUAGAAUUAUUAGGAGGUUUAGAAAGGAUAAGAGGUUCUGAAAAAUCAUUAACAAAAUCAUCAUGAAUGGUCUCGUUUUCUAGAGCAUGUCGACUGACUUGUUCAAAAAGCGCCGCAACAUUGCUGUUUUCUUUUGCACUGGUUUCAAAAUGAGGUAACGGACUUUCUCGUUUAGACUUGCAAUAAGCUAAAGCUCGAUUUAAUGAAACAGCUCGUUUAGAAGGAUCCUUGUCUAUCUGAUUACCCACAACUAUAAUUGGGAAGGUGGAUUCGUCUUGAGAUGUCUGUAGAAGGAACUCUUGUUUCCAAUUCUCCACUGAUUCAAAAGUUUUUGCAUUAUUCACAUUAUACACUAUUACACAACAGUCUGCGCCACGGUAAAAAGCCAUGCCUAAGCUCUGAAACCGCUCCUGACCUGCGGUAUCCCAUAACUAAAUUUGUCAGCGUCGAUCAAGGAAAGUGUGCAACGGUCUCACAUACCUGAAGGGUGACGGUUUUUCCAUCUAUAAUCACGUCUUUUGUCAAAAAAUCAGCACCAAUUGUAGCCUUAUACUCACGGCUAAAUUUUUGGUUUACAAACUGUAUUUUCUGGUCAGUUAUUUGAAACCUGAAGGGACUGAAACCAGAGGGGAAAUCAUUGCAUAUGCUGAAGGUUCUUGCGAAAAUAUAAAAGUUGGUAUUAUUUAUUUUCUAGUGCACUUGUCCAUAAACGUAAAUAAUCCAGUACGCAUCACGCAAGGUGGUAAUGCAACCCCAAAUCCUUGAUAGAGCACUUCCUCAUACAUUCAUGUUUCUAUGUACUUAAUGAUAUUUUUUAUAGACAAUUUACUUCCAAGAAUGUUUCAAAGAAUGCUUCUAUCUCAGUGAUAAGCUUUCGCUUCUUUCAGUAUUGAUUCCUCUGUUCUAAAUUCCCAAUGACUUCAACGUACCUGAUUCAUGAGACAUGUCUUACCAACACCGCUAUCUCCAAGUAUAACAACUUUGACAAAUAACCGCUUUUGAGACGACAUGGAUGGAUAUAAGUCAAGAAGAGAAUUAACUUUGAGUAUGGAAACACAAUCUACCCUAUGAUGAUAUCCUUGAAAUGCGCUAUCUCCACUUAAGCCACUAUUCUGCAGAAGGGUAGUAAACAAAUCGUAGAUUUAGGGUAAAGACGAGUGAAAUUCAGGCUUAUUUGGAGAAGAAACAAUCAGUGAAGAGAUUUUUUGUAAGCAUCUAUUCUGUAAACGGUAGCAUCCCGACCGAGUAUACGAAUUGUAUCUGCUAAAUUAGCACCUGGAAUUGACCCGCAUAGGAUUUGACGAAUCAAUGAUUGCAGCUUUCCCAAUGGAAGAUUAAAAGUGAUGGCAAUAUCUUUAAGAAGUUCAUGAAGACUUGAAGACUUCCAGGAACAAGUCUGCAGACCAUGAAGAAGACGGGAUAAUACCAUAGGCACGUUUGUUGAUGAAGGCAAUUUAUGAUGUAUCGUAUUCUGAAAAGGGUCUUCAAAGAAAUAAGCACUAAGGUCUAUAAAUUCUGGAAGAGUUCGUAUACGAUUUUGUAACAAAAGCAAACAUUGGCGAACAUAAUCUGAGUCGGAGAUUCGAGCUAAGGAAUUGGUAUAUUUUUCUCUCAAGACUUUCUGCAUUUCAACUGUAAUCUGAUCAAGCUGUACAGGAUCAUUGAUCCUUUCCCGAAGAUAAUGUUUGUUUAAGAACUGUAAUUUCUCCAACGCUACUAUACAAGAACCUUUUGUCAAUCUAUCAAUGGAAAAUAUCUCCAUGAGCUGCGGUAGGUGGAUAAUGUCGCUUGUUUGUCUAGACGACCAUCCCAUGAGUGCUAGAAAAUUUAGAAUUGCCAUGGGCUCGUAUCCUCUUUCAAGUAAGCUGGUUACAUGGGCAUCAUUUUGACGUUUACUUAACUUGGACCCAUCUGGAUUCGUCAGUAAGGGGAUAUGAGAAUACGUGGGAGGCUGCCAUUGAAAUGCCUUGUAAAGCUGUAUGUGUUUUGGCGUCGACGGAAUCCAUUCUUCUCCUCGUAUUACAUGAGUGAUACCCAUUAAAUGAUCAUCGACCACGUUAGCAAAGUGAUAAGUUGGAUAGCCAUCCGACUUCAAAAUCACAAAGUCAUCGCUAAGUACUUUCGGCGUAUUACUCUUGAUUGUAAUUUUUCCAUAUACCGUAUCAACAAAACUCGUUGCUCCCUCCUGCGAGCAAAAUCGGACGACGUAUGGCUUUUUCCCUGUUUCGGGAGACGCCGCUGAGCAUUCGUCGUAGUAUUUAUAUGCUUUUCCAGAAGCUAGUAGCUGGGAGAUGUAUUCCAAGUAAAUGGGUAAUCGUUUGGACUGUUGGUAAGGACCAAAGGGGCCUCCCGAGACUGGGCCUUCAUCCCAUUGAAGUCCGAAAGUUUGUAACAGAUCGUAAAUGGAUUGCUCUGAGCCAUGGACUAUCCUUUUUUGGUCGGUAUCUUCUAAACGCACAAUAAAUUUCCCAUUACAUUUCUUAGCCCAUAAGUAAUUGAAUAAAGCUGUCCUUAAAGAUCCGAGGUGCAAAAAUCCAGUUGGUGACGGAGCAAAUCUUGUUCUUACAACCGUACUAUUCGAUCGUAUAGAAUUUUGACUCCUUAAGAGAUUUCUAAUAUUUGCAAAUGCAUAACGCGACCUAGUAUAACAAGAAAGCAUUCAAAAAUUCUACUUUAAAUAACGGGUGAUGCGUGCAACUCUAUCUUAUUCCAGGUGAAUGGUAUAUAAAGUAAAGUUUAGCAAAUGAAAUAAAUCCACGUUUUAA